AUGUUCGGACUCGUUGCGUUCGCCAAGCUUUCUUAUUCGGCCUCAAAUCUUACCUGGAAUUGGAUUACACAGCCAUACUGGAUCUAUGGUGAUGUAAGUGAUUUCGAUGUUUACUAUAACAAUGUUCCUACAACUUACUCUAAUUCAGGCUACCGCCCGAUUUUCAAUGUUGAUUUAGGCAAGAACAUUACAAUUUUAGGCAAAAAUGGUGGUAAGGCAUUUUACAAUGAUAUUCUUGUCGAAACAAAGUUUUCACAGCCAAUUGGUGAAAACUAUUUGCUCAUUCAAUUUGUUUGCACAAACAAUGGCACAAAGUCUCAUAAAGUUUCCCUUUCUUCUUUCACAGAUGUUCAAAUUGACCAAAAUGAUAACUCAUCCAUCAAUUGGUAUGGUGGAAACAGAGGUUUAACAAUGAUUGAUGAUAGAUAUACAAACUACACACUCACCUUGCUUGUUAAAGAUGCCUAUAAAGUUGAAAAUGUUGAUACAUUUUGGUUUGGUAUUUUUGAUCUCAUAAACACACAUUAUUGGGACAAUAGAACAGAUAAUUCAAGUUUAAUUGGCUCUGACUCAACAUUCUCCUUUGGUUGGCUCAAUAGAGAAGUAAAGCCAAACUCUUCCAUCACAUUGGGAGUCCUUUUAGGUGUUGGAUCAAAUCUAAAGAAUCCACCUGUUGUCAAAGUCACAAAUGAAGUCGAAAAGAUGUAUAGACCAGGAAAACAGAUAACUAUCAGUGGAACAGUUGAAGAUUACGAUCCAGGAGAGGUUGUAUCUGUUUACUAUAACUAUACAUCAACAACAAAGAAAUUUGAAAAUGUUUUGGUUAAUAACUAUUCAACAGGAACAGGAAAUAUGAGUGAUACUUUCUCAUUUGAUUUUGAAUUGACAUCUGAAAUGGAGAAUUCAACUUUAACAAUUUGGUCUGUUGAUAGUUUUGGUUACAUUUCAAAUAUUAUCUCUAAAAUAAUCACAACAUAUUUACCACCAACACCACAAAUCACUCCAUUUGAAACUGUCUUCCAAACAGCUGCCGAAACACCAUUAAAUACUCCAGUAGAAACUCUUCAUGAAACUGAAGCACAAACAGCUCAUGAAACUUCAUUCAUUACUCCAUUUGUUACUAGUCAUGAAACACCAUUUGAAACAGCCUUUGCUACAGCUCAUGAAACACCAAUGGACACACCAUAUGAAACUGUUGUUGAAACACACGAGGAAACACCAAUUGAAACAGUUUAUGAAACAGUUUUUGAAACUCCAUAUGAAACAGCUGUUGAUACACAAAAAGAAACUCCAUUUGAAACAGCUCAUGAAACAGUUUUUGAAACACCAUUUGAAACUGCUUUGGAAACUCCUGUUGAAACAGUUUCUGAAACACAAAAAGAGACAGUGUUUGAAACACCAGUUAUCACUCCUUCUUCUACUAAAGAAAGUGAAGAGGAGGAAAGUAAUUCAGUAGUUACAAAAUCUGAAGAACAAAUUGCUAUUAGUGUUUCAGGAUCAACUCCAACACAAACAAAAUCUAAAUUCAACUGGACUCCAAUAAUCAUUGGAGGAGUUGUAGCUGCCAUUGUUGCUGCCUUAGCAAUCAUUUGCGCUGUUAUCAAACACUAUAAUGAUGAUUCAGAUGAUAGAAGUGAUAAUGAUGAUGACCAAGAAAUUGAUUUUGAACAAGAUAUAAUAAACCAACUUGAAGCAGGUGAAACUCUCAACUCCGUUGUCAUCACUACAGAAAAUCCUGUAUUUAAUGAAGAAAAUCCAUAUGAUGACCCCUUCGCUAAUGAAUUUGAUGAUUCAGAAGAAUAUUAA